AUUAAAUACUAGGACACAUUCAAGGAAGUAUAACUCAUUAUCAGCGUAUCAAAAUCAAAAACAAAAAAAAAAAGAAAAAGAAAAGAAACAUGGCAGAAUGUUGGUAUCUACUCAUGACGUUACUGAUCCUUCCUCUUUUGUUCAUCUUUCAUCUUCGGAAGAAGAAAACCCACAAAAAAGUAGAGAAAACUCGUAAACCACCAGGCCCUGGAGGGCUACCUUUGAUCGGGAACUUGCACCAGUUGGAUGGUGCAAACCCUCACGAGUCCCUGAGGAAUCUUUCCAACAAAUACGGGCCCCUGGUGUCAUUACGAUUUGGAAAUGUGCCGGUGGUUGUGAUUUCUUCCGCUAAGGCGGCGAAAGAAGCACUCAAAACCCACGACCUCGCAUUUUCUGCAAGGCCCCGCCGAGUUUCCAAUCAAAAAUUAUCUUACAAUGGCCUCGACUUGGCGUUCUCGCCCUACGGCGAGUAUUGGAGGGAGGUAAAAAAGGUUUGUGUGUCCCAAAUCUUUAGUCCCAAAAGGGUUCAAUCGUUUCGUCCCAUCCUCGAAGACGAGGUUUCCCUCCUCAUCAACGAGAUUUCGCAUCAAGAAGCCGCCGUCAUCAACCUGAGCUCAAUGGCGUUGAAUUUCACUAACAUGCUUAUAUGUCGAAUUGCGUAUGGGAAAAAGUUCGAUAAAGAGAGUCAUACCAAGAAAAGGUUUGACCAAAACUUACAUCAAAUCGAGGCCUUUCUUGGAGGCUAUUUCGUGGCGGAUUAUUUUCCUUCUUUAGGUUGGAUUGACAAACUCCUGGGGACAUCUUCCCUGCUCGACAAGAAUUUCAAGGAUUUGGAUUCCUUCUACCAACAACUCAUUGAGGAACACCUCGACCCAAAUCGGCCGCCAGAUUCAGCGGAGAGUGAUUUGCUUGAUAUCUUGAUCCAGAUUAAAUCCGACCCGUCCUCGUCUUUACAACUUACAUGGGAUCACGUCAAAGCAAUACUCACGAACAUGUUUGUUGCCGGAACAAACACGAAUUCAGCCGUAAUUAUAUGGGCUAUGACGGCCCUGAUUAAGGCUCCCACUAUUAUGAAGAGAGUUCAAGCUGAGAUUCGGAAUUCAGUUGGAGAGAAGGGAGAAAUCGGAGAAGAAGUACUUCAACAACUUCCUUAUUUAGAUGCAGCAAUCAAAGAAACGCUCAGAUUGUAUCCUCCUGGUGUCAUUUUGCCGAGAGAAACUAUGAAAAGUUGUAGCAUUCAAGGGUAUGAUAUCCAAGCCAAAAGUACGAUCCUCAUAAAUGUGUGGGCGAUUUCCAGAGAUCCCGAAAGUUGGAAGGAUCCAGAAGAAUUCAACCCUGAUAGGUUUUUAAACAGUGACGUUGAUGUCAAAGGAAAUGAUUUUGAGCUAAUUCCGUUCGGAUCUGGUAGAAGAGGUUGUCCUGGAAUGUAUUUAGGACUCUUAAUUGUGAAAGUCACCCUUGCCAACCUUCUCUACUCUUUUGAUUGGGAGUUACCUUCAGGGGUGACAGUACAAGACAUUGAUACUCAGAUGUCGCCAGGUUUAAUCCUACAUAAAAAAACUCCUCUCUGCCUUCUGCCAAAGAAAUUUACCUGGUCUGGGUGUAAAUGAGCACAUUGACUAUGUUUUUCCACUGUUCACUAUUUAUUAUUAUAUAUAUAAAAAAAAUGUUGUAAGCUCUUUCUGUUAAAAGAAGUGCAUUUAAUUUCUCUACAAGUUAAGACCAUUGAGCUCCAG